UAUUGUUGUUACUUUGUUCUUAAAAUAUGAAGAAAAUAGAAAUAAUAUUACACAACUUUUCAAAGUACAAAAAUAGGGGUCUUCAAGUAUGCCAUUAACUUUUUUACUCUAUCAGCAGUAUCAACAUAUUAAUCAGUAAAUCCUACUUCAUAAAUACAGCAAAAAACUCACAAGUAUUUAAAAGGAUAUAUGUUCAUAAACUGAUUGGUUAACUAAAAAACGAAUGUUCAACAUGCGUAAUAAGAAGAAGAGCCUAGAAAAAAAGAAACAGUGGUCAUGGGCUGAAGACACUCAUCCUGAUAACAUAAAUGAUAGUCAUAUUAGUAGAGCGUUUUUCUUAGGACAUCCCAAAUGUAAACCUCUGUCUAACCAUCGUAAUUGUAGCAACAAUCCAUUCUGCCUAUCUGGAUUAGGUGAACAACGUUGGCUUCAAAACAAGGUCUCUUCAGUUGAAGUCUCAGGAUUAGAAUAUCGAGAAACAAAUACUUUCUGUGGUUUGAAAAAUUUAGGAGCAACCUGUUAUAUUAACAGUUUGCUCCAGUUAUGGUUCCAUAACCUAAACAUAAGAAAUGCCAUAUUGAACUGGAAUCCUAUGGAAGAUGAAACUGAAAAACAUAACCCAACUCUUUUCAUUGAAAAUGGAUAUGAACCAAUUACUUGUGUAGGUCAAUUGCAAUUAGUAUUUGCAUUAAUGCAAUUUGGAAAACAAAAAACAAUUAAUCCAGAAGCUUUCAUAAAAUCUCUAAAAAUAGAUGCAAGCAUAGAACAGGAUGCAGAAGAGUUUUCUAAUUUGUUAUUAACAACAUUGGAGAAGAAAUUUGAAAAUCAAACAAACCCGUAUGUUAGAAAAAUGGUGAACAACAAUUUUUUAGGUGGAUAUCGGAGUGUAAUUACAUGCUUGACGUGUAGAACUGAAUCUGCAAGUUAUUCGACAUUUAGAGAUCUAAGUUUAAACAUUGAAGGUCAUCAAACUUUAAAUAGCAGUUUGAAAAAUUAUUUAAAAGAAGAACUUCUUACUGGAGAUGACAAAUAUUAUUGUAGCCAGUGUGAAGGAAAACAAAAUGCUGUGCGUCAAAUGUAUUUGACUGAAUUACCUUCAGUAUUAAAUUUUCAAUUAAUGCGGUUUGUCUAUAAUAGAAAAUCAAUGCAAAAAAUAAAAUUAAACACAAUUAUAAAAUUCCCACAAACAUUAGACAUGGCACAAUAUAUAAAUUUACCUGAUAAAGCAACUUCAAGAGUACAUUAUAAGUACAACUUAUAUGCGGUACUUGUCCAUAAAGGCCCCAGUGCUAAUUGUGGUCAUUAUGUUGCUCAGAUCAAAGAUGAAACUACAAAAAAAUGGUACCAAUUCAAUGAUGAUCAAGUGGAUAAGCUCACAAUUAAAGGUUUUAAUUUGUAUACUGAUGAAGAGCUUAAAAAAUCUAAAUCAAUGAAAAAUAUCAAAAAUCACAAUGGAGAAUUUCAAUCUACUGAUGCUUACAUGUUAGUUUACAUGAAAGAUAUAAAGGCUGAAAUUCUGAAAACCAAAUCAAUCCCCCGCAAAUUAUUACCAAGAUUAACUCAGUUGGUAAACACUUGUGAUAACAAUUUUGAAAAUAAAAUAUUAGACUGUGAGCGAGGUAAAGUAUUUGUGGAACAAAUGUUGAAUUUAAUUAAUGAAAUAAAAAGUAGUUGUAUUAAAGGAGAUGGUGAUAUUAUUUCUUUGCAGUGGCUAAAAUAUUUGUUUAAAGUUAAUCCUAAUGAGCAUGUCAAGGCAAUAGACAACAACACAAUAUUAUGUAAACAUAACUUACUGGAUCCCGAAAAAAUAUAUGAAGUCAAAUAUAUUGGAUCAGAUUUAGCAGAUAAACUGUAUGAUACAUUUCAAGGUGGUCCAAGACUGAAGUUAAAGUCAUCGUUAUGUCUAGUAUGUGUUAGAAACAAAUGUGCUCUAACUUAUACAAAAACUUUAACUAAUAAACAACAUGAAUCUAUUACUAAAAUCUUAAAAAAUUGGUCCGAGACUAACGAUACAAAUAGUGAAAAUACAGAAACAAGUUAUUGGGUAGGCAAUGAAACCAUUAAAUGUUGGCAGCGCAAGUAUUUUGAGUCAUUUCAAUCAUUUCUCAUUUCUAGCGAUAUACCCCUUAAUACAAAAUUGCCAAUUAAUCACGAAAUAUUGUCUGCAGUAUGUGAACCAUCUAGCAAUUUAUGCAAAGAAAUAAUAGUUAAUGGAGGUAUGAAACAGGAAAAUAUGACCUAUGAUGCAGAAGAUAUAAUUAAACUUAAAUGCUAUAAUAAAGCUUGUGAAAAGUCAAACACAGAAGUCGAGUGCAAAGACAAUUUAUUAUUAAUUACUAACUAUGAAAAGGCAUAUUUUAUGAACAACUCAUAUAUGCCAUGGAAAUUCAAUGAUGACAUUAUAUGCGAACACGGAAAUUUGACUAUUGAAAAGUAUUCAAAGACUUUGGUGCCAAAAGAAGUGAUGGAUAUAUUCCAAACCUAUUUUCCAAACGCAUCAUUGUUUGUUAAAACUACAACAUCGUGUCGGGUAUGUAGGAAUGAGCAUAUUCGGGCUUUGUUAUGCAAGUAUACACGUUUAACUCUAGCAAAGUUAGAGAAUUACUUUUUAAGAGAUUUACUGUGGAAUAAAAAUAUAAGUGUUUUUUCAAGAGAAUCUUCACCAUAUGCAUGUAUUUCUGCUAAAUUUUUGGAAACCUUCCGUAAGUUUGUCAAAGCUCCAUUAGAUGUGCACAUCCCUAAUUUUAUCAAAAAUAAAGAGCUGCUUUGCGAUGAUCACAAUAAAUUGAUUUACCAUCCGGGGUUAAGUUUGAAUCCAACAAAACAUGAACAUAAUAAAUUGGAGAUUAUAACAAAAAAAGAAUGGAAAUGGCUUUUACAAUGUUAUGAAGCUGAUUUUGGAAUAUUUGUAUACUUUGAUGCUCAACGCAAAUUUAAAACAUCAAACCCAGAAAUUUGUGAAACAUGCCGCCAGAAGAAACUGCUAGAAAAUAAUAUGAAUAAAUUAAAAUAUAAUAAUGUGCAAAUAUUUAUUGAAGUAGAAGAUAUUGAAGAUCAGAAUGGCAACUGUUCAAAAAAAUUCAAACAAGACACUACAGUAUGUGAGAAUAAUACCGGUUAUUUUAAUAUAGCUUCCACUUCAACAGCCAAUAACAAUAUGGUAUCUCCGAAUGAAUUAAGAAGGAGUGAACGAAAACAAAUACCAAAGGUUGAGCCUGUCAUCGUCUCUUUUGAUAAUACAGUGUUUGACCUCAAAUUAAAGAUCAUGGAAGUGUUUAAGGUUUAUCCUACACACCAAUAUUUAAAAACUGCUGAAGGAAUAGAGUUGGUGAAGAAUGACAUAACUUUGGGAGAACUUAAUAUUCUUCCUUUCUCAGUGAUACUAGCCCAAUUUCAUGAAGAAAAAGUACAUAAGUCAGAAGUCAUCACUCCACAAGAGACUGGAUUUAAAGGUACUGAGCUCAUGCAUUGAAAUGUCUAAAUUUAUUUUAUUUUUAUUCAUAUUUUAUUAUAUGAAAAUUGUACAUUGUUAAAUUGUAAAC